AUGUUUGAUGACGAAGUAGAACAUGAUCACUUGGCUGCUAGACUAGGCAUUCACGACCACGGAAAUGGUGACUACGUCCCUGAGGAUGCCGAACUCCAGGGCUUCGACCAAGGAAAUCUAGAACUGACGAUUGACACUUCGCCUCCACGUAUCAGCCUCCAAGGUUCUGGCGCUGCUGUCGCACCGAUGAAGACGACGUCUGAGAUCAGUCUGGUUUGUGCCGAGACGAGCAUCUGCUCUCUGGACAAUGCUCUAAAAUCCGAAGAUCCCACCUUUAUUACCGCACCCAUUCAAGAAAAGAAGACGCCAGCAGUAGCGCCUCUGUUUCCCCG